ACAACACUGUGAGGAGAGGAGUGAGCCCCACUGCAAGCAACAUGCUUAAGAUGCCAGUGGUUGUGGUGAGAACCUGUACAUGGCCAGCUAUAGAAACUCCUGGAGUCCAGUCCUGGUACGAUGAGGUGAAUGACUUUAAGUACGGUGUUGGAUCCAUCAACAGUGGCAUCGUGGGAUAUUACACCCAGGUUGUGUCGUACAGGUCAGACCAGUACCAAAUUCCAAAUUCAAGUACUUCUACGUCUGCCAAUACUGCCCACCUAUGAUGAGCUCUCAGGAGACCAUGCCCUACAAGUCUGGCCCUUCCUGUGGGGACUGCCCAAAUGCCUGUGAGGACAAGCUGUGCUGUAAGUCUCAGUGUUGAGAAACAUGAAUCUUGACUAUUCUUGAAACGGCCUCAUCUUCCCCCUCAGACAUGUCUCAUCUGCCCCUGUCUGCUGUUCUCUCUCCCGCU